AUGGCGGAGACACCUCUCACCUGGAAUCAAGCAGUGAAGGGAAUAACUGAAUUCAUCGAAGUCGCCAUCCAUACUAUCCUCUACGUCAGACAAAUAUACCCAGCAGAUUUAUUUGUGCGACGGAAGAAGUACGACACGCCCGUCUUCCAGUCUCGCCAUCCCGCGUUGAAUGAAUAUAUUUCCGGCACUGUCAAGGCUGUUUCCGAUGAACUUGUACUCGUAAGCUCUCAGCAUCAGCUUCAUAUUCCCCCUGCAGUGAAGUCUCUGAUAAAACAGGGUAACGUCGACAAGGUGGUAGUCGUCAUCAAGGAUAGGAACCAAGUCGCCCUUGAGCGCUUCAUAUUUUCAGUCCAAAACAUGAUCGAGGUCGAGUCCUACAACAAAGAUACGAGCGUACAGGAGGCGAUGUCAUCCGCGCAACUCAGCCAGUAUUUUCGUUCAUUUCUCAUCAAACUGAACAUGAUCGAGUCUCAACUGGGGUUUCUCGAACUUCCCACUGGUGACGAGGCCUCGUUUGCAAUAGUUCUUGAACUCAAGGAAAAUACAGCGCCCUCGGCCUCCAAGGACAAUUUUAGCUCUCGAAAGGAACCCCCACCAUGGGUACCCGCAGAUCAUCAGCACACAACCUCUGGAGCGUCUGAAAAAGCCCAGUUGCACCUCCUUCGAGCAGUGGACACAGGUAUCAUCAAUAUCUCUCUUGCAGUUCAAGAAUCCGAACAAAAGUUCCAAUCCGCCAAAGACCUAGAUGAUAUCGAAGGACAAGGAAACGCCGAUGCUAGGUGA